CCCGGCAGGCAGGCAGGCAGGCAGGCGAAGGUGCUGAGCCGAGCGACGGCCGGAGGGAGGAGAAGCAGCCCGCCCGCCUCGGCUGCCCGUUUCCAGGCAGGGAUGCUCUCGGACAAGACGGAGAAGAAGCGCAUGGUCUCUUCCAUGUUCAUCAUCCUGGCGCCCCCCCGGAGGGGCUGCACUGGUCCCGCCAAGGCCCCCCUGUACCUUCCCACCGAGAAGCCGGUCCCUCGUAAAGAGGGGAGGGGGCCCGGCAGCGCUCCGGGUGCAGACCCUACUGCCCUGCAGCCGCCUCCAGGUGACCCUCCUCAGCCCUCAGUAGAGGCUGUCCUGGGGUCCCUGCAGCCCACGGCCCUCCAGGUGGAGACCCUGGGCCCCGAUCUGCCGACGGGAGCCGCCGCCUUGCCCUCCUCCCUGCAGGCGCCUGAAGCGGGAGAGCCUCAUGCGGCCUGGCCUCUCGGCUGGACAGAUGGACAGGAGGAAGAGGAGGAGGAGGCCACAGCGCCAGGUAUCUGCGCUUUCUGUCAUAAGGGCAUUUCGCCCGGUGCUCUCGCUCUGGAAGCCAUGAGGAAGCAGUACCACGUCAGAUGCUUCACUUGCCGGGUGUGUCACAGCAGCCUUGCAGGGGAGCGCUACUACCAAAAAGAAGGCCGGCCGCUGUGCGUAGCCUGCUAUCAGACCACCCUGGAGAAAUGCGAUGCCUGCCAAGCCUCCAUCCUCAGCGAGAUUGUGUGGGCGGUGGGGAAGGGAUACCACCCAGAAUGCUUCACCUGCGUGGACUGCAGCCGCCAGAUUGGCAGCGACGCCUUCGCUGUGGACGACGAGCAGCGGGCGCUUUGCCUUCCGGACUUUUACCGGAGGUUUGCUCCCGUCUGCGGGGUCUGCGAGGAGCCCAUCAUCCCGCAGGACGGGAGGGACGCCUACAGGAUCGAGUGCCUGGGCAGGAGCUUCCACGAGGACUGCUAUCGGUGUGAGAAGUGCCAGGUCUUGCUCUCUCUGGAGCCCACGGAGGACGGGUGUUACCCCCUUGGCAGCCGCCUCCUUUGCCAAGCCUGCCACGCCUGGCAGAUCCAGUGCCCCCCGGGAGGAGUCGGCGGAUGCUGAUCGCCCCCGGAAGUGGGGCCAGGAAGGCUAGUCCCGGUGUUCCAGCUGCCCCUUCUCUCUACACCUUGUGGUGUCUGUGGACCAUUUCGCCACGUUUCUUCCCUCCUCGGGGGGGAGUGGACUGAGAGCAACCCCCUCCUUGUUGGAAGGAGCUUUGCCACUCUUCCACACCAGACCAAAGACGCCCUUGCUCCUCCAC